AAAAAUUUAUCUUCCAUUUAGUAUGAUCCAGAGCUGUCAUCUCGACAAUUUGGGGUUGAAUUGUCCCGUUUGACCAGCGAAGAACGAACUGUUCCUUUAGUGGUGGAAAAGCUCAUAAGCUACAUUGAAAUGCAUGGACUGUACACAGAAGGUAUUUACCGAAAGUCUGGUUCAACUAAUAAAAUCAAGGAGCUUCGACAAGGUCUAGAUACAGAUGCUGAGAGUGUAAACCUGGAUGACUAUAACAUACAUGUCAUUGCAAGUGUAUUCAAACAAUGGCUUCGUGAUUUGCCCAAUCCACUCAUGACCUUUGAACUCUAUGAGGAAUUUCUUCGAGCUAUGGGCCUUCAGGAGAGGAAAGAAACAAUCCGUGGUGUAUACUCUGUGAUUGACCAGCUCUCCCGAACUCAUCUCAAUACACUGGAACGCCUCAUCUUUCAUCUAGUCAGGAUUGCUCUACAGGAAGAAACGAAUCGAAUGUCUGCUAAUGCUUUGGCGAUUGUAUUUGCCCCCUGCAUUCUUCGAUGCCCUGACACCAUUGACCCACUACAAAGCGUGCAGGACAUCAGUAAGACUACCACCUGUGUGGAGCUGAUUGUUGUAGAACAGAUGAAUAAAUACAAGGCUCGUCUCAAAGACAUCAGUAGCCUGGAAUUUGCUGAGAAUAAGGCAAAGACCAGGCUGUCACUUAUUCGUAGAUCAAUGAAACCUGUACUAAUUGCAGUUAGAUUUAUGAGCAUUACCCGCAAUUCAGUCUCGGGAAAGGGGCGACUUCGUCGAGGAAACUAUCCAAGUCCAUCCUCUCCUGUUGUAGUUCGGUUGCCCUCCAUGUCUGAUGUCCCAGAAGAGACUUUGACUAGUGAAGCAGCUGUGGAGACUGACAUCACGGAACAACAACAAGCAGCUAUGCAGCAAGAAGAGAGAGUACUGACUGAGCAGAUUGAGAACCUACAGAAAGAGAAGGAGGAGCUAACAUUUGAGAUGCUUGUACUGGAACCCCGUGCUUCUGAUGAUGAAACGCUUGAGUCUGAGGCCUCCAUUGGGACUGCUGAUAGCUCAGAAAAUUUGAAUAUUGAGUCUGAAGGUGCCAUCUCUGAGAAAUCAGAGAGAAGCUUAGCCCCGAGCUCCCUGAAGGCGGCUGGCAAACCUGAACCUUCAAGCAAGCUACGAAAGCAGCUAAAAAAGCAGCAAGACUCUUUGGAUUCGGUGGACUCUUCAGCCUCUCCUUUAUGUUCGUCUAACACUGCAUCUUCUCAUGGGACCAGAAAACGAUUUCAGAUUUAUUCUAAAUCUCCAUUCUACCGAGCUGCCUCAGCUGGGGAGGCCGUGGGAAUGGAAGGGCCAUUGGGCCAGACCAAAUCCCUGGAAGACAGGCCUCAGUUCAUCAGCAGAGGAACCUUCAACCCUGAAAAGGGCAAACAAAAAUUAAAGAAUGUGAAAAACUCACCUCAGAAAACCAAAGAGACCCCAGAGGGGACAGUUGUGUCUGGCCGCAGGAAAACUGCAGACCCAGACUCCAGCUCCACCCAACAGCUAGCUCUCUUUGGAAACAAUGAGUUUAUGGUCUGAACUGGCAGCUGGGUACCCUUCAUGGCUACAGAGUGGUAAACACAUCUCAUCUUCAGGGCCUCUUCUCAUCCCCUCGUCCACAGUAGUCCAUCCUAACUGUGGUCCUGCCUCUUGCCCACGCAUACACCCGAGGACUUGGGUGCUAAUGUCCUGGGCCUCCGGCAGAAGCAGAAAGGCUUCUCUGAAGCCUGCUGGGGAUGGUGCCGGCUGUGCCUUGGCUGCUGUGUUUGCCUGGACAGUUCACUACGUGGAGCCGCCUAGGGCCGGCGCAUUUGGGUCAGGUUGGCGGUCUUCCUACUUGCCUCUCCUCCACCCUCUUUUCCUUCCCAGAGGUGGGUGUUGAACUGGCGGGGGGACAUGGUAGGCCUGAGGGAACCACUGAUUUUUGACAUUUGAAGAAAACAUAUAAAUCUUUCUUAACCGUGAAAGCAAAAGCCUUUGGGUUUAUUUUGGGAUAGUUAGGAGCUGGGGUAGAAUAUAAUUUUUUUCCAAGGAUUUGUAAACAAAAAGCCUAAGCCCUCUAUUUUAAGAUCUUUGAGAAAUACUCCAUGUUAUAUCCUGGGGGAAAGUAAAAAAGUAAUUGUUUCCAUGAAGCCAUCAGAGCAUGUCUCAGACAUCUGGUUACAUGAUGAAGAAGAGAGUACGUGUUUUGUUUUUUGAUGAUGUUCAGUGUCAUAAUAAUGCUGGUUUCAUUCCUGGUUAGUUCCUGCCAAAUAUAUUGCAUGGGCUGAAGUUUCAGUUGCCCUGCUGUUCUCAUACUUCCUGGUCCUAGGAUUAGGUUCCUCUAAUUUUCUUUUUAAGUCUCAGAGACAUGGUGAUCCCUAAACAUGAGGGUCUCAUCCUAAUCCACCCAGGCUUUCCUCUUUGUAUAGAUUAAACUGAAGAUCGCAUAUGAACCUGUUCAUCUUCCACCACAAACUCAGACAAGUAAUGUGACCAUCUAAUCACUUCUCCCAAAACAUUCAUACACAACACUGCAUGAAUAAGUGUUAACAGAAAGCUGCCAAAAAAAUAAAAAGGUUUUUAAUAUAACCAUCUAACUAUUAUCUUCUUUUCCUCAGACCAUCAGUAUUAAAUAGAUGAAAAAAUAAAUCAAGGACUACUUGAAGCUAUUUUUGUUAAUAUUCUGGUUACUGAAGUUUACUGUAAAUAUAUAUGUAUAGUAUGCAUAUUUCUUUUUAACCUUAUGCUUCCCUCCUCCUCGUGGAAUUUCUUCCCACAGAUUAGGGGCCAUUGGAUAGGGGUGAGAGCCACUGUCCCUGGGUUGAGGGAAAAAUCAGACCAUCUUUUUCACCACUGGGUGUCUCCAUACACCUGAGCUAUAAUAGCAUUUUAAGCUUCUUAGCAUUUGUGGGAUUAGAAUCUGUUUUUGCUAUUUAUAAUAUAUGGAAAAUGAAACAUGAUACUCUUUCUUGAGAUAAGUAUGUGAAAAUGUUUAUUUUUAAAGUCACUAAAUGCAUCUUGUCUAACUACCACGUGCACUGUUCUGAAAAAGAGCCUUUACCAUCUGUAACCCGAAUUUUGGUUAUUCUUUCUUUUCAUACUUCUUCAUUUGAAGUUGUAGAAAUAUUAAGACUUUUGUUAAGGCAGAUUCUCUCCUGUUACACAACACUGAACCUCAUGUCACUGCCUCGGUGGUUAUUGUCAAGCCCCAGAGGUCAGGCUUAGAACAUCAUUCUGAGUGGCAGCUAAACGUAGCAGGAGUUUUACCUCUCCCUGGUUUGGUUUCAGAAAUGAGCUAGGGAAGGGAAUCUUAAAUCUCCAGAAUGAUGAUGGUUGAGUAAGUGUUAGAUUUCAUAUCCUGCAAACAUCUGCCACCUUGUUCAUGCUGAGGAGUAAUAAAUGGAAAGCCUUUUAAAAAUUGGAACUUUGGAGAAUGUCCUAGAGGAAAACCCAACCCCUCAGCAUGGUCGGGUCCAAGUGGGACUUCUGGGGCCCCGGGGCCCCAAGCGGGGCUGCGCAGGCCGUGUCAGUAUUCCUGGGGGAGUAGUGUCCUGCUGGGCAUCGACUACUACUCUCUGCUUGCUCCAGAACAUUGGUUAAAUACCGUAUGAAAAAGAGAGGACCCUUGUUGGAUAAUUUCCUGUGGCCCCGAGGAACAGCCUGGAGAACACAUCUUGGCAUAUGUCCUCUCUUCUAAAUUUUUUCAGAUUUUCUUUGUUUGUUUGUUUGCAAAAUAAGUUUUUGGCAGUUGAAAAAAAAAAAAAACUCAUAUAGGUCACUUUAUAGGAACUAGGCAAUGGAUGUUAAGAGACUUUAUAUUUCUCAGGGACCUGAAACCUGAAUUUGGAUAAAAUUAAAUAAAAAAUACUUGUUUUUUGGUUGCUAGAUUUGUGGAUUUCUAGUCAUUUAACCAACUGCCAGAACGGAGGGUGGCGGGUGGGGAGAGAUCCACACAAUCGUAAGAAUGGAGAACAAGUGUGGGACCCUCCCUCUGAAGGAAAGAAAGCUUUUCUUCUCAUAGGAUGACAAGUACUGUUGGCCUGAUAAAGAGAUGAAGCCAUAACUCUUAAAAACUGUCAGAACCGAGUGCUGUAUCUUCUUCCAUCCGGUCUUAACUGAUCCUCUCCGUGGUUAAAGCGAUGUUACCACGAAGUGAUGCUGUAUUAUAAUCACUUAGGACGAAAAUGUUUAACCUUCAUCUAUGUCGCAGUUGUACCGCCCAUUGCUUCUCCUUUGCUUUUCUUUGACCUCAGAUGCCACAGACAAAAACCCUGUGUGGCAGCGAUGGGCAGCCCCACAUUUGGAGCCCAUACUCCAAAAUACAGAGGAAUUCUGUUCAUAUCACACAUUCCCAGCCCCAAACAAAGCCUGGAUUUUCACUUCUCCACAUUAAAGCCAACUAUCCCUUAUCAUGGAAAAUGUAAUAGAAGCAGAGUAGUACAAUUUUAAGGUUACAGUGUGUAUCAUUAAGUGAAGCAAAUCUGUUUAACAGCAAGAAUCAGGGAGGUGACAUACUUAGUUUGUAAUGCACUUCCUGCCAUUUUAAUUCCUUUGCCACUCUAGGCUUCUGGAAAUACAAAGGGAGAUACAGAGUUUCCAGUAUGGGCCUUGAAGAGACAGAGGGACCCGAAGUCAGGGGUGGGAUACCAGAGCCCCUACCUUCUCAUGCUUUGGAAACCAGCUGCAGCUCUUACCCUGCUGCUGGGAGGUUGGUGGAGACUUCUGUGUUCCUUGACAGUAGGCUUCUUUUCACUGUCAAAGAGAAGAGGGGGGGUCCUAGAAGCAUGCUGAAAAGAGGAGGUCCAGCAAGGUUCUGCAGGUCCACUUCAGUGACUGUGGGCCAUGGUUUUCCUUUUCUUUUGUUUUUUGUUGUUUUUUUUUAACUAUAACUAACGAAUGUGUACCUUUCACAAGCACUUUGGUAAACUAGAGAAGAAAUUCUCAGGAUGUGUUCAAAGCUAAGAGAGUUUUAAUUUUAAAAAGACAUAUAGUCCAGAUGGCUUUCCUCAUCCUCCUCUCCUCUUUUUUCUCCCUUAGUGGGGGAGCUAGGCAUGGGGCAUGCAUCAUUCUGUGUUGACAAAUGCGUCAUGCCUAUCCAUAAUUUUGUGACAGUUCCCCAGCACUGUCCCACAGUAGCACCAUGCUAGCCUUGGUAGUGAAAGUCCUUGGUAUCUGAGGGAGUCCUCAGUCUUUCUGUGCCCCUCACAUACUUUUAACCACUUUUCUCUGGAACCACUCCCACAUUUGAUUUGGUGUUAAAAGGUAACAGCAAAAUGAUGAUCGUGGAGAUGGAUCUAUUGGGUCUUGUUGGUCUCUUGGUUAAAACUGUUCUUCAAAAAAGCCACACGAACGGGCCUAUCACCUUGCUAUUCAUUUAUAAUUAAUACCUAUUUAUCAGUCCUCUUAGGUCACAUAAAAGUUGCACCUUUUGAACCAAGUAACUGUAUUUACUAGGGGAAAGGUGUGGAUUACAGAUUAGUAUUAUAUUAUUUUAAUGGAUUUAAAGUAAUUUAUAAGUAUGCUGAGUGUAAAUUUUUAAAAGACUAUGUAUUGUAAAAGGACGUAUCCUGUGAAAUAUAUCAUUUUACUGUUUAACAGAAUAAUUCUAUAAAAAGAAUGAUUUAUCUCACCCACGGAACUGAUUACAUUCCUGAUGCAAUCAACAGGCACUUUGUAAUUUCCUUUGGGGUUUUUUUUUGUUUUUUUUUUUGGAUCAGGAGGAGCAAGACAUCAUCUGUAUAAAGUGCAGUUUGUGUCACUCAGAAUAUGCACUGUAUAGCUACACAAAAGCAGCUUGAUGAACAAAUCACUCCAUGGCUCAUUAAAGAACAAAGCUUCCAGAAGCAGCAA